AUGACAAAGCACUCCGUUAGCUAUCCUGAAGCGACGAGUUCCACGUCCCACAAAGACUAUAACACUUUUGCCAAUAUUUCCGUCCGCUUUUCUCAACCAGAAAAUUCACGGCCAUUAGGGAAUUUUGGACAAUGCGAAGAAUGCGGGGGUUUAAAUACCGGCGGAGACGAUGAAAUUGAUAGGUUUAUUAAAGAGGCGCAAUCUCAUGCUACCAAUUUUAGGUCAGUUUUAGAGUGGAUAAAAUAUCAAGAAUUCACAAAUGUAAAACAUCUUGCUGAUGGUGGCAAUAGUACUGUAUUUACGGCAAAUUGGCUUCAGGGGCCUAUACAAGCAUGGAAUAAGUCUAUCAAUGAUUGGGAACGACAGACGAAUUUGGGUUUAAUAAUAUUGAAGCGCAUAAAGGAUUCCAAUAAUUUAACAUCAAGUUUCAUGAAUGAGUUGAGCGCAUAUCACAAAUUCAGCACAAUGGUUAGCAACGUCAUGUACUGUUAUGGUAUCUCACGUUGUCCUUGCACUCGCGAGCUGAUUGUCGUUACAUCUUAUGCUCGUGAUGGAGAUCUUCGAAAUUACCUCACCAAAAACUUUGACACCUUUACCUGGACACAAAAAAUCAGCACUCUUAAGGAUAUUGCGAGUGGAUUGGUGAAAAUUCAUAGCAACGGCCUUCUACAUAAAGAUUUGCACACGGGUAACAUUUUACGACACGGUAGUUGGACAAUGAUUAGUGAUCUUGGAACCCGUCCUGAAAUAACUUCAGAAAUACCCGACUACUAUUCAAUAGUUAUGCAAUCUUGCUGGAACAACAAUCCCAAAAUGAGACCUACAUCACGUGAUUUAGAAAAGAGAUUUGACUCGUGGAUUAAUAGUAUCAAAGAUCGACAAUUGAUUUGCCCUGAGAUUUCUGCCAAGGAGAAAGCAGACGUGAAUGACUCAGCGUGCAAAUGGAUUGAUUCAUAUAGAAAUAUUUCAAGUCAACCGCUUCCUUCCUUAUCAGUAAUUCAAUGUAAAAUUUUGGAAGAGCAGGAUGAAUGUCAUGAAGCUCUUUAUCAAAAAUAUUAUAACCAACGUCUCAUCGAGCAUGCUGAACGAGAAUCAAAAAUUAAAGAAAACGAGCCAAUGAAUCCAAUGACCUGGACUCGUGAACUCAAAAUACUUGCUGACAACAUAUUUGGCAAAUCAGAUAUUGAUAAUAAAUUAGAAUUGACUGGGGUAAAAUCUAUCGAAGAAGCAAAUGCAAUACAAGAGGUGACAUACGACAUUCCUGUUGGCAUAAGAAUAGGUAUUAAAAGUGAGUGUAUAUUAUUGUAUUACUUAAGAUACUAA